CGCGGAUACCCUACGAUACGCCCAUCCCAACUCCGAUCCUAUCAGAUCUAACGUCUCAGGAUAUUCGCCUAACCAUGGCGCAUGGUAGCAUCCACCACUGUGGAAAGUGAAUUUGCGAAGUAUCCACUACAAGAUCCAACACCAAUCAAAGAUCUCGUUCUCUCUCUCACACACUUACGCUAAAAACCGAAACUUCCCUGUCGAAUUCGGCGAUGCUAAUUUCUGACGUUUGAUCGGCGGGAUUCGGGAUAGAUUUGAGUAGUUGAUUUAGGUAUUUUAGAUUGUGACAGACUUUUCGUUUUUGGUUCGGUUGAGUUUUCCGAACAUCAGGAGGAUUUGAUUGUUUAAUCGCUCCAUUUCUGAACUUCUGAUUCAUUUUCCUUUUUCCAUUUUAGUUUUGUGAGAACUGUGGUAAUCUCAUGUUGAUAGAGUUAAUAGAAUUAGAAGCGAUAACCCUAGAUGGCAAAUCCUUUAUAUUUGAAGUCCACGAAAUUUUGUGCUGUAAUGGAAGUUCUCUAGUGUUGACUCCGUUCUGAUACUUGUUUAAUUUGGGGGAUUGUCGAGGCUUCUGUGGUUGAAAGUAUAAGGAUAGAGCGAGUCUGAUUUGACUGAUGUGGGAGAUGGAACCAAAGGGAAUCUCGUUGGGCAGAGGUGGAGUUGGAGGAGGUAACUUUGGGAAGACUGGGGAUGGGUUUAUUGAUCGCAGUAAAGUGACAAUUUUACUUUGUGACAAUGAUUCGAUGGGUUCAGGAGAGGUUUUUACUCUUCUUCGUAAAUGUUCCUAUCAAGUGAUUUCAGUGAAAUCACCGAGGCAAGUGAUUGAUGCUCUGAAUGCUGAAGGACCCAACAUCGAUCUCAUUCUUUCUGAAGUCGAUCUUCCUAUGGCCAAAGGCUUGAAGAUGUUAAAAUACAUCAUGAGCAAAGAGUUGCAACGCAUUCCUGUGAUCAUGAUGUCUGCACUGGACGAAGUUACCCUUGUUGUCAAAUGUUUGAGACUUGGAGCAGCUGAUUAUCUUGUGAAGCCUUUAAGGACAAAUGAGCUCUUGAAUUUGUGGACACACAUGUGGAGAAGAAGGCGAAUGCUUGGUUUGUCUGAGAAGAAGCUCAUGAACUGUGAAUUUGAUGUCGUACCUUCAGACCAUAGUGAUGUUAACACAAACAGUACUGUAUUUUCUGAUGAUACAGAUGAAAAGCCACGAAAGAGUGCAAACGAGAUUAAUGUGAUAUUAGCUCCUGGCCAUGUAGAUAAACAAUUUGUUAGCUUAUUAAAUAAUCAGUCUAUUCUACCAGAAACCAAAGGCUAUCAACAAGGGAAACUUAUGUGUGGUCCAAAGAAGAGUGAACUAAAGACAGGUCAGCCUUCAGCAUUCCUUACAUAUGUCAAAUCAAGCAUAUUUACAAAAACUGCUCCAGUGGUAUCAAGAAUUGAGAAAGUAUCUAGUGGAGAAGUGGAUCAAAAUGUUAGGCCAUGUGAUGGAGGAAACGUUUCUCAGAUAGAAGAUUUUCAUGGCAGUAGCAGCUUCCCUGAUUUUGUGUCACUGGACGAGUCAUCUACACCUCCUCUAGAGUAUCCCAAACCUCAAAUAGAAGAAGGGUAUAAUCGUCAUUCUGGUUAUCCGUAUUACCUUCAUGGUGCAAAUGCGAUGAAUCAGGUUAUGAUGCCACCAUCAUCAUCAGCAGAAGCAGCAAUGUAUCAUCAUCAUCAUCAUCAUCAGAUGCCUGGGAUGACAUCAUAUCCGUACUACCCGGUUAAUCUUUGUGUACAAGCAGCAGCACCCGGGCAGGGGCAGAAUGAGGGGAAAAUGGAUAGAAGAGAAGCAGCUUUGGUGAAGUUCAGGCAGAAGAGGAAAGAACGUUUCUAUGAUAAGAAAAUAAGGUAUGUAAAUAGGAAAAAAUUAGCUGAGAGAAGGCCUCGUGUCAGGGGACAGUUUGUGAGGAAGGCUAAUGGGAUAGAUGUGGAUCUGAAUGGGCAUCCCACAUCCACUACUCAUUUUCAUGAAUCAUGAUGAUGAUGAUGAUGAUGAUGAUGAUGAUGAUUCUCCUCAAUGACUCUGGUAACAAAACGAAGAUCACCACUGGAAAUUUGUGGUGAUGACUGUUUCAGCAACUAUUCUUGAUUGGAAUAUAUGUAUAUGUCAGUCAGCUUCUGGUAUUUAUUAAUGAUUGUGAAUCUGAGGAAAGGAAGCCAACAUUCUUGCAUUUGUUUUGUAAAAAGGGAAGCUACAAAUGGUAAAUUAAAGAUGGAGGAAUCUCUACUCGUUUCAGACAUGCUUUUCUUUUUGGAUGUUAUUAUGUACAUUUAUUUUGGUUAGGUAGCACUAACCUGUAAAAAUUUAUAAUUUGUUUGAGGUUUAUUGAAA